GACAUCACCAAUAUGUGCAUAGUAUGGUGCGUCUCAGAAACUCUCUUAUCCCACCCCUUCGCUAACCUUUCUCUGACUGCUGAUGUGUAGCAAGCUACAAACUUGACGGCAGCAAAAUGUUUAAUUUCGGAUCAAAAAUACUUGUACUUUUCCUCGUGACUUUCCCAUGUGGCCAGAGGUCGUUCUGCCAGGUAUCUGCAGAAGAGUCUGCGGAAGACAUCGCCCCACAUGCAACAGUCGAUGAGGAAGAGGAGGAUGAGUUGCUGGUGGAGGAAGAUCAGGUCCCAGGCUCAGAAUCAGAAGAUGACUUAGAUGAAGAUGCUGCAGUUGGAGAUGUAACCUCUCACCCUGAUGCUGACACCACCAUCAUCUUUGUGACCGGGGAAGAGUUCCCAGCCAAUGAGAUUGCGAAGUUUCUGGUGGGUUUCACCAAUAAGGGAAGCCAGGAUUUCACUGUCCAUUCCCUGGAGGCCUCCUUCCGUUACCCUCAGGACUUCCAGUUCUACAUCCAGAAUUUCACAGCCUUGCCCCUGAGCACUGUGGUCCAGCCCCAGCAGCAGGCCUCCUUUGAGUACUCCUUCAUACCUGCUCAGUCCAUGGCUGGUCGUCCCUUCGGCCUGGUCAUCCUACUCAACUACCAGGACAGUGAGGGCAACGGUUUCCAGAUGGCCAUUUACAACCAGACCGUCACUAUCGUUGAGCUGGAGGAGGGACUGGAUGGAGAGACAAUGUUCAUGUACAUCUUCCUGACUGGAUUAGUUGUCUUGGCGAUCUUUGGCAUGUACCAGGUGCUGGAGUCUAGGAUGAGGAAGAGGCUCCCAGUGAAGGUGGAGACGGGCACCGGUGGGAUGAACGAUGUGGACAUCAGCUGGAUUCCCCAGGAGACCCUCAACAUCAUGAGCAAGGCAUCGGCAUCCCCUAAAGCCUCCCCGAGGAAACGCACUAAGAGAGCGGCUGGAGUAGAUCAAUAAAUCAUUCCAUGAUGCGGCCAUCUUCAUAUCAAUGUCCACCAGUCCCAUGUUCAAGGCCCAUGCCAUCACAAGCUCCAACAACCCAACCAACAUCAACCUCUGGGUGGACCUAGUUAGUUAUUCAAGAGCUUUUCCGAUAUGCCCCCGAUACAUAGGCCUACACCAAACGUUCUUGGACUGAAGAUAGUGGUGUCAUGAAUGUGUCCCAUUUAGACACCACUCCAGCUGGACAUUUUGAGACUGAUAUAAGACUAAAGACUGAGUAAAUGGAUCACCAUGCCAGAUCCAUGAAAGAUGGGUGAGACGUGGAGUGUUAUACCUGCCAAAGAAACCAGUAAUGCUACACCAAGUAUUUCAAUCAUCUUGUUUUUUUUGUUGUACUUUUUGUAAUGAAUGCUUUAAUUUCUGAAGUAUUACGAUAUUAAGGGUUUUGUUCUAUUUCAUUCUGUGCCUCACGACUCCCUCAGUUCAUCUACACAGUCAGGAAUUGAGAUGGUGACCUCAAAGUUCUUCCAAGGGAAAGCUUUCCUUGUUCAUGUCAUACUUUGAAAUAUCAUAAAGCUGCUGUGAAAUGCUCAUUGAAGAGAAUUUAGAAAGUAAAGUCCACCCGCUACCAAGUUACAUUGUUAAAUAUGAAUGAUGCAACUGUAUUUCAAACAUGACUUGCUGUCAGUGUCAGGUUACAUUUUAUCCCAGACCAUAUACCACCAUAAAUGUACCUACAGUACAUUGGUGAAAUGCUGUAAUUAAAAAAAUAAAAUAAUAAAAGGUCAAAAAAUCUGGAUAAGAAA